AUGUGGGGUGCUGCUGUGUCAAGCCCUCCGCAUUACCAUUACAUUCAGGGAUCGAAUGGUCCUGUUCCUCAGCGAGGCCCUUCUGGACCAAUACUAGCCGGUCCCAAUAAAUAUUUAAGACCUCAAUCCUCAUAUUCCCUGCCACACGGAAGCAACGGUCCCGGUCGUUGGGGCUGGUCCGGUAGUAAUGCUUCUUCUUUUGAUCGAAGGCAGUUGAAAGUACCUCCACAACCAGCAAGGCCAGCACCCGUUCGACCGGCGCAUAAUAAAAAUGCUGCUAAUUAUAAGGUCGAUCCCGAGCUGAUCUUCACGAAACAGGAGAAGAUCGGCAAGGGCUCCUUUGGUGAGGUGUUCAAAGGCGUCGAUAACAGAACGCAACAGGUCGUUGCCAUAAAAAUAAUUGAUCUUGAAGAAGCCGAAGAUGAAAUCGAAGACAUCCAGCAGGAGAUCAUGGUGCUGUCACAGUGCGAUAGCCCGUACGUCACUAAAUAUUAUGGAUCAUACUUGAAGGGAACAAAAUUAUGGAUUAUUAUGGAAUACCUCGGCGGGGGGUCGGCGUUGGACCUCAUGAAAGCGGGCAGUUUCGAAGAGAUGCAUAUCGCAGUUAUCCUAAGAGAGGUCCUGCGGGGUCUCGACUACCUGCACUCGGAGAGGAAGCUGCACAGGGAUAUCAAAGCGGCUAACGUUCUACUGAGUGAAAUGGGGGACGUCAAACUAGCCGAUUUCGGUGUCGCGGGCCAAUUAACGAACACAACGAGCAAGCGUAACACAUUCGUCGGUACGCCCUUUUGGAUGGCGCCUGAAGUGAUCAAACAGUCCUGUUACGACAGCAAGGCCGACAUCUGGUCGCUAGGAAUUACGGCUAUAGAAUUGGCGAAAGGCGAACCUCCCAACUCCGAACUUCAUCCGAUGAGAGUGCUAUUUCUCAUUCCCAAAAACAACCCGCCCCAACUCACCGGCAGUUACUCGAAACCGUUCAAAGAGUUCGUCGAGGCGUGCUUGAAUAAGGAUCCCGAAAAUAGACCGACAGCAAAGGAGUUGUUGAAGUUUCAGUUUAUCAGAAAGGCUAAGAAGAAUUCUUAUUUAAUGGAUCUUAUAGAUAGGUAUAAGAAGUGGAAAGCGCAGAGGAGCGAGGAGAGCGAAACUGAAUCGGAGAAUUCGGAUUCGGAGGAGUGCAGCCGCGGCGACAGCGAGGCGGACGAGCCGUGGAUCAUGACGGUGCGCGGCGGCGCGGGGGCGCGCGCGCACCGCGCCGACGACAAGCACCACCGCACCGCGCACGAGGACGCCGUGAUUCCCUCCCCCACGUCGCCUGUAGUUCCCAAACAGAAUGGCUCGCUGAGCGCGCGCGAGGAGCCGCCGGCCGACAACCACAACAGUCACAACAACCACAAGCCGGUGAUCAACAACAACACCGCCGACAAGCAACCCUCGCGCCAGUCCCCGCUGGUGUCGGAGCAGCGCAAGGAGCGCGAGCGCGAUGAGCGCAAGGAGCGCGACGGCUCCAACAGAGACAGCGUCGUCUACAAUAAUAAAUCAUCGCCCUUGGAUCACAGAGGAGUCAGCAACGAGGAGAACAAAGUGAGACGACAUGCGUAUCUACAACAGCUUAUUUACCCGUUAUUAAGUGAGCUGUCCCGCAAGCACGGCGCGGGCAGUGCGGCCGCCAUCGAGGAGCUGCGGCGCGCCUUCGACGCGGCCGAGCGCGCCGCGCCGCACCUCACGCGCGCCUUCGUGCAGCAGGUGGUGCAGAGGGUGGCCACGCAGUCGCACCAGCCGUCCCCGCCCUCGCACAACUCGCAGCAGUGGAUGAGGUAGGGACCCAUAAUGUCAGUGGCGCUCGUCCGCCGGUGGCAAUCCCGGCCAGCACUGCUGCAGCGCUACAGCGCUUCGCCGCUCCACCGCUGCACUGCUCCACAGUCGCAGUGUUACAGCGCCACGCCGCUGCAGCGUUGGAGCGCUGCAAUCGGCCGAGUUGCGUGACGUCACAUCCUCCCGGCGCACGAUAUAAUAUAUUUUGUUACCCUAACAUAGUGGCUAAUAUUGAACUAAAUAAGAGUUGUCGCAUAUGAUAUAAAUCGUUUUAAGUGGUCGAAGGGCUUAUCGUCUGAAUUUAUUAGUGAUUGUAGUUUCUGACUCGCCGACCAGUGGACCACUGACCGGGGAUCGGCAGUCGGCGUCAAUAACAGUCGUGUUUUACUAUAGUGUUCCAAAUUAUGUUAAGAGGAUAAAUGAAAUGUGACUGCUUAUUAACGCUGACUGAAUUAUGGUGUUGGUGAUACGACGGAACUAUAGAGAAUGUUAUCUCGUAAUGUUAAAAUAUUAUUAUAACUGUCAUACUUUAAAUUAAUAUGAUGUUUUAAUUUACUUUUGUUAUUUUGGUUUACGAGUAUAACUAACGCCAUAUUUUUGAAAAGAAAUAUUAAGAUUGAUUCGAUGUAAACCUUGUUUAAUUCGAAUGUAUUAUGUUCAUAAAGUAUGUAAUGUUUA